AUGGAGGUGUCUGAGAUCCAAGGCAUCCGUGUUGCCGUCGUUGGCUGCGCCCAUGGCGCAUUCAAGGAGAUCUAUGAUCUCCUGAAGGCCGAGGCUCAGGCCAAGGGCUGGGAGACCAUCGAUCUGGUCAUCAUUGGCGGAGACUUCCAGGCGCUCCGGAACGCAAACGAUGCAGCUUGCAUCUCUGUUCCUGCAAAGUACAAGUCCAUGGGCGAUUUUCACGAAUUUUAUGAGGGCACGAGCGUCGCCCCAUACCUGACCAUCUUCUGUGGUGGGAACCAUGAGGCCAGCAACUACCUCUAUGAGUUGUAUUACGGCGGAUGGGCAGCCCCCAAUAUCUACUAUCUCGGUGCCGCCAAUGUCGUCAAGUUUGGUCCGCUCCGCAUUUCGGCCAUGUCCGGAAUCUGGAAAGGUUAUGAUUAUCGGAAGCCGCAUUUCGAACGCCUCCCAUACAAUGGAGAUGACUUGCAUAGCAUUCAUCACAUCCGUGAGCUGGAUGUUCGCAAACUGUUGCAAAUCCGGACUCAAGUGGACAUUGGUCUCUCUCACGAUUGGCCACGCGGCAUCGAAAAUUAUGGCAAUCACCAAGAAUUGUUCCGCAAGAAGCGCGGGUUCAGAGAAGAUUCCGAGCACGGGAAACUUGGAAAUGUCGCGGCUCGUGACGUUCUGGAUCGCCUCCGACCAGCCUUUUGGUUCUCCGCUCAUCUCCAUGUCAAGUUUGCCGCCACCGUGCCCCAUGACGGGGUCACCCUCAAGCGCGUCCCUCUCUCUGCCGACCAACCCACCGUCUGGGCAGUUCAGGCUCAGACUGCCGCCGAUUCCCCCAAGGGGGGUUCCAGCACCAUGACUUCUCCGAAUCCCACCUCCUCUGGCCAUACCACAUCGGACGAGCGGGUGACUUCGAUGACACAAGCUAUGGUCAGCAACAAGAUCCUACCAGCCUCGGGUACCAAAGAGAACAAGCUGAACGCGUGGAACAACUUCGCCGCAGGUGGUGCGUGUGCGUUUGAGGCCCAAGAACGCAUCAAAAUUGAGGAUCACAUUGCGAAUUUGCGUCGCGAGAAUGAUGUGCGUCACGAGAGAGAACAGGAGUUAAAAGCAAAAGCCCAGAAGGACGAGCCAGCUCAAUCCAAUGUCGACCAGCCCGCUCCUGGCAUCAACCAGGACGAAAUUGACUUAGACUCUGGCAGCGAGACCGGGAGGGCUGUUUCCGGGAACCCCUCUCCCGUCAAGGCCAACCAGGACGAAAUUGACUUGGAUUCUGGCAGCGAGGCCGGGAAGACUGCUUCGGGGAACCUCUCUCCCGUUAAGCUCCCUAAGCUGAACAUCGCCUCCUCCGACGGAUCUUCAGACCCCCCUGCCAGUGAGCCUCUCCUUGAUCGCGCAGUCGCCGAAGGCCUACGCGGCAAGCUUCCCGCCAGCUUCUCCCACCCCGUCGCUGCCACAAACCCGACUCACAAGAAGACUAUCCCAACGGCUAUCGCCAACAAGGUCACCAAAUUUCUUGCCUUGGACAAGCCCCAUAACAGGGAUCCAUUUAUGCACCUGGUGAAGGUCAAUCCCGUCAACCCAUCUGGUGAUCAUCCCCUGCCCGGGCCAUUCCGUCUAGAGUACGACAAGGAAUGGCUUGCAAUCACCCGCGUCUUCGCUAACGAUCUCGUCCUGGGUGAUAUUACUGCCAAGGUUCCCGCCGAUCAGGGCGAGGAUUAUUACCUCAAACGAAUCCUUGAGGAAGAAGAAUGGGUCGAACAAAACGUUUUCAGGGGCUGGCCACACGAAAUUCCCUACAAUUUCCAGCCUACCGCUCCCAACUUUGAUCCAUCCGUUCCCCUUACGAGUGUCGAGCAACCAAAGGAGUACACGAACUCCCAGACAGCUGAGUUCUGCAAGCUGCUUCAGAUCCCUAACCCCUUUGAUCUUCCCGAGGCCGACCGCCAAGCAAGAAUGGAAGCCGGACAUCGUCCUAUGCGUGCCGGCCAUGGUGGUCGCGGACACGGCGGCGGUGGCCGUGGUGGUGGCCAUCGUGGCGGUGGUCAUCGCGGUGCUGGUCGUGGGCGUGGCGGCCGUGGACGCGGUGGUGGCCGCGGACGAGGUGCCAGUCAUGUGGAUACCCAAUCCUCUUGA